AUGUAUGGUAAUUUCUUGGCUGGAUCACAUGACACAAUUACCUCAAGAAUCGAUCAAGAUGUAUUGCAGGUCUGCCUACGUUUCCGAUUUUUUCUCCCUGGCGGGGUCUUUCCACGCGCUUUUGGUGCUAUAGAUGGACAAAGUUUAACACAGCCAAAGCUGCCAAAUCCUUUCCUCUGUUGCAAAGAGGAAAAGGGAAGGAGAGAUAUGACUGAAUACGAUGAUCGCAGCUGUGCGUCAAAUAUGUAUUUACCGAGCUGUACUUAUUAUGUUUCGACGCCCGAUUUUACAUCAGUCUCCUCCUUUUUACCGCAGACUACUUCGUGUCAGAUUAAUUUCCCCUAUUCUCCCAACAUAGCCCAAGUCCAACCUGUUCGAGAAGUCGCUUUCAGGGAUUAUGGACUGGACCAUCCCAGCAAAUGGCACUACAGGGGCAAUUACGCGUCCUACUACUCAACGGACGAGAUGAUGCAUCGGGACUUGAUCCAGUCCUCCAGCAGCAGGGCGGAUGUAAGAUUCAAAAACGAGUCCUUGUAUGGCCACCACGGGGGCACAAGCUCGCCCUGCAAUUUCUUCACCAACGUCGGCCGAAAUGGGGUUCUUCCCCAGGGCUUCGACCAGUUUUUGGACGCUGGUAACUCGGACAAGCCCAACGCGGAACUCCCCAAACAAAAGACAGACUCUGCUGCUCCCGGAGAUGCUGCGAACAACAUUCAGGCUUUAACCAAACUGGAACAGCACAAAGCUGAGCCGAGCGGGAGCGGCGACGAGGACUCAUCCUCCAACUGCGGCGACAGAAACAGCCAACAGAGUUCAUCAACCAAGUCCAGGAAGAAGAGGUGUCCUUACUCCAAAUACCAGAUCCGAGAACUUGAACGAGAGUUUUUCUUCAACGUGUACAUUAACAAAGAGAAGCGGCUUCAGCUGUCCAGGAUGUUAAACCUGUCCGAUCGGCAGGUGAAGAUUUGGUUUCAGAAUAGAAGAAUGAAAGAGAAAAAGCUGAACCGCGACCGCCUACAGUAUUUCACUGGGAAUCCUUUAUUCUGA